AGUUUUACUGCCCCGAAACGCUUGUCCUAGCAGUCCGCUUUUCUGGCUUAAAUAACCAGGGACGAUGCAGGCGUCCCUGAGGUGUCGAAAAAUCAACUCAUUAAACAACAAGAAAACAAUACACAAUGGCCCAAAGCAGUCGUCCCAAACUGCCGUCACGCCUCGGUGGUCCAUUCAGUCAGUAAACUGCAUUUCCAUCACGGUUCUGGUCGGCGUGAUCGCCAUUCUCGCCGGACUGCUGGAAAUCCGUCGCCUGUGCACGCGUCAGCAAAAUCUCCUGUCCACUCUGCUCGUCCAGCGCGACGCCGUAGUGCGGUCGGAGAGACAGUCGCUUUCAAAAGCCGACUGCGGCUCAAAACCGAUCGUGUGGGUGCACGGCAAGAGGCUGGAAACCGGUUACCUCCGUCACGUGUUCGCUGUGUUCGAUCGCCUGGGCUAUCGUCUCGGAAACCGGACGGAUGAGUGGAGCGUGCUCUGGUCGCACGACUACCCGUUCACCGAGCUGGCUUCGGAGUUGGCACACCUCCAACCCCACCAGCGGGUCAACCAUUUCCCGGGAUCGGGCUACAUCACCAACAAGGGAAGCCUGUCCACGGGCCUCUCGUCGCCGCACGUCCCGGUCGCUUUCAAACUCCCCAAGGCCAAACGGGAAUUUUUGGAGUAUGCGAAGGGGCACCCCACCAAGAUGUGGGUCCAAAAAAGCGACCACCACCGCGGGAUUCGAGUGAAGCGUCUGAGCGAAGUGUCGAUCGACCAAGCGGGGACGUUCGUGCAAGAGUUCCUCGCCAAGCCUCUUCUCGUGGACGGCAAGAAGUUCGACGUCGGCGUCUACGUCGUGUUAACGUCGCUGAACCCUCUCCGCGUGUACUCUUACGACGGAGAAGCGCUGCUUCGGUUCUGCGCCCAUCCGUACGCCGAGCCCUUCGACGCGUCGGACGUUGACUCCUACGUGGUCGGUGACAACUACACUCCCAUCUGGGAGAUGCCAUCGCUAAGGGAGUACUACGUCGGCUCGCGUUUGAGCAUGAGAGAGUCCCUCGACCUGCACCUGACGCGCGGAGGCAAGGACCCCGGCCGGAUAUGGACGCAGAUUAGGGACGCUAUCGCGGCCGUCUGCCUCGACAAAGAGGGCGACAUGGUGCGGAUGGCAUCGGGGUACGGGCCCAGGAACAACUUCUUUGAGUUGGUGCGAUUCGACUUCGUGGUCGACGAAGACCUCAACGUGUUCCUCAUGGAGGCCAACAUGUCGCCCAACCUCUCGUCGGCCCACUUUCCCCAGAACGGAGCCCUGUACGAGCGGGUGCUGCUGAACGCGCUUAGUCUGGUUGGCCUGGCAACCGCGGCAGAGGCGUCGGAUCCGCCAGACAGGGGCAUUGCCGUGUUUCCGGAGAAGUGCACUUCGGAAGAGUGCGAGAUGUGUACCCAAAGUCUCGAGUGCGCACUCUGCCACCAUUGCCUGGACGUCGUGCAGGCAAGGGUCUUGAAGGAGGCCUUCCUUGAACAUUUCCGCAAGAUGGAGUUUGUGCGGGUUGUGCCUGUGCACAAUCACAGCGUAGGGCCAGAGCUGACUAGGGCCAAUCAGCUCAUGGGGCUUUGGUACCAGGGCAAGUGCCAACUAGCCCCUCAUUGGUGUUCGUAACACAGUGCCGAAUCAUCCAAGCAUAACAUGUUUUAAUUUACGACCAUGGAGGUUCAUGAUGCAUUUUCCCUCCUGAGACCUGUCCCCGCUCUUCCAAGGUUUAGGUGUUUAUAAUAAGACAUUUGUCACAGGCUCGGUGUACAUAAAAAGAGAGUAUGAUCUCUACACUACAGCAGUGUGCUGUAGACAAAGCCGUAUAACUUAUAGUUGUGUGUGCUGGGUGCCCUGGUUGAAGGGCAUACCCCAUUUUUGAAGGGCAGUUGAAGGGUAUGCUGACAGACCUGUAUUAUGUGCCUACAGUGCCAAGAGCAAAGAUCUCCAAAGUGUUUCACAGCAAGAUUGGAAGGAGAGCAUUAAUUGGUUUCCUUGAUACAUUGAAAUGAUAGAAGUUGUAAACAUAUAGCAGGGGAUUAGAGUUUAAUGGACUUUAAUUUCCUGGCAUAUAACAAUGUGCUAAUGAAAAAUAACACAGGUAAUGUUUAAAGUUGCUAAGCAGCUUGAGUCACAAAAGUCACAAUAUUAAGGGUCCAUGCUCCAGUCGAAUUGUAUAUCAAUUAUAUAUACUGAUCAUGUAUGGCUGUGGUACUCGCACAGGUGUGCAGCAACUAUGGGUGACGAGUUGAACAAGAAUCUCAGCAACGCUUUGCAGUUAUUACUCAUUUUCUAUUGUUUGGGUUAAAUAUAGAUAAGAUUCCACUAGAAACUUCAGGCUGUGGUGUCACUUCAAGUUGUUUUCUAUUCAUUCCAUUCAUAACAGAGAUUAGUUAUCUAUAAGCUGCACAAAGAAAGGCAUGAAGGAACGUUCAGAAAUUAAGGAAGAUUCCUAUUGUUCUUAUCACUAAUGUUGCUUUAAUGUGAAAGCAUUUUUUUUUACUUAAUUCUUUCCUGACCACAGGAAAAGUGGCAAUUUUUUAAAGGAUCUGUGCAAAACUUUUUUUUCCUAACUAAUUUGCGUAUGGAGCAGUGUGACAGAUCAAAAUUUAGCAAAUUAGUUGGUCUUUCAAAAGAAACUGAGGAUGGUAUAAUGUGCAAAAAAGAUUUUAAGAAGUUUAUUUCUUGAAAAUGCAAUGUAUGUGUGGAAGGCAUAUAAACACCAACACUUCUACAGCUAUUCAUAUAAAAGAAAAAUUCAGAAUAUACACAAUGUGCUCCACACCCAUGGCUAUUGGUUCUAAAAGUUAAGAGUACUUUAACUGACACUGUCUAUUUUUGGUUCGUCGGAGAGUCAGUCUCCGUAACACGUGCGCUUUUCAAUAUAAGGAAUGCUUGUAUUGGUGGAACACGGAUAGUACACCGCACAUUCCCAGCAGAAUGCUUUCUUUGUGUUCUACCUUGGUUUUGUUACACCCUCGAUUGCAGUCUCUUCAUAUCUAGCAUUUUUGUCCGACUUGUUGGGAACAUAAAACAUGCACGCCGUCUCGGGACAGAAUUGGAAAUUAUAGUGGUGCUUACC